CUGGAGCGGCGCACGGGGCACAGCCUGGCCGAGCACAAGGAUUUCAUUGACAACGAGAUGCUGCUGGUGCUGGCGCAGAUGGAUCGGCCUUCCCGCGUCUUCCCGCACCUCUUCCUGGGCUCCGAGUGGAAUGCAGCCAACCUGGAGGAGCUGCAGCAGAACAGGGUCACCCACAUCCUGAAUGUGGCGCGGGAGAUCGACAACUUCUUCCCGGCGCUGUUCACGUACAUGAACGUGCGGGUGUACGACGAGGAGGCGGCCGAGCUCCUGCCCCACUGGAACGACACCUUCCUCUUCCUCUCCCGUGUCCGGGCGGCAGGAGGCCGGGCACUGGUGCACUGCCGGAUGGGGCUGAGCCGCUCGGCCGCCACAGUGCUGGCCUACGCCAUGAAGGAGUUCGGGUGGCCCCUGGAGCGGGCGCUGCGGCACGUCCGGCACUGCCGGCCCGGAGUCCUGCCCAACCCGGGCUUCAUGCGCCAGCUCGACUUCUACCAGGGCAUCCUGAGUGCCAG